UGUUGGCCUACCUUCCAUGUUGAGGCAUGCGCAGUAGCCAACAUUGAUACUUCCUGGUUUUAAAAUUACAGGCGGAGUGGGUUGGCUUUUCAAGUCAACGACGCGACUGAAACCUAUUAAAGGUGCGAGUGAGGUUAAUGCACAAAUCAUUCAAGGCAACGCAUACUUAGCUAGUAGGAAUAUCGUAGUUUAGUUGACAUUAUGGCGCGCAUUUGUUGAUUGUUGUUGUCGGGGACAUGCUCGCCUGACAUGCCGCUACUGCGUCCUCGCUGUGCCUGAUCGACUGACCUGGUCGUUGUACCUGAUCGACUUGGUCGACCGACCGCCACCAUGGGUCAGUCCUUUGGUCCUGUUACCAGCUUCAUCGUGCUGGUAAGCGCCGUCCUUCUGCUGUCGGCUUCCGUUCAUAGCUCCCAGGGCGACAAGGAGCCAGUAUACCGGGAUUGCGUGAAUCAGUGUGUCCGGACCAACUGCACUGGGGCCCGGCUACGUGGUUUCCAGUCCACCCAGCCUCCUUACAUGGCGUUGACAGGUUGGACAUGUCGUGAUGACUGUAAGUACCAGUGCAUGUGGACUACUGUGGGACUGUAUCAGGCAGAGGGGUACAGAGUGCCACAAUUCCAUGGAAAAUGGCCCUUUGCUCGUUUCCUCUGUUUCGAGGAGCCGGCAUCAGCGCUGGCAUCUCUGCUGAAUGGCCUGGCCUGCCUGCUGAUGCUGCUGCGCUACCGAAGCGCUGUGCCACGCCAGAGCCCCAUGUACCACACCAUCAAUGCCUUCUCUCUGGUCUCUCUCAACGCUUGGUUCUGGUCUACAGUGUUCCACACCAGAGACACGUACCUAACUGAGAAAAUGGACUACUUCUGUGCAUCCGCAGUCAUCCUCUACUCCAUCUACAUGUGCUGUGUGAGGACGCUGGGACUGCGUCGGCCAGGUGUGUCCAGUAUGGUGGGAGCGCUGCUCAUCCUGGCCUUCACCUCCCACGUCUCCUAUCUCACGUUCAUCAGCUUUGACUAUGGAUACAACAUGGCUGCCAACGCCACCAUCGGCAUGGUGAACCUGCUGUGGUGGCUGUGCUGGUGCUGGCAGAACCGGCGCACGCUGCCCUACUGGUGGAAGUGCAGCCUGGUGGUGGUGCUGCUGCACGGCCUGGCCCUGCUGGAGCUGCUGGACUUCCCCCCGCUCUUCUGGGUGCUGGACGCACACGCCGUCUGGCACCUCAGCACCGUGCCCGUCCACUUCCUCUUCUACAGUUUCCUGAUUGAUGACAGUCUGCACCUCCUCAACACAGAGAAGACAGGAGUCAAACUCGAGUAGGGGGAAUCUCCACCUGCACCUUGUCCCCUCCUCACACACACCCAAUCAGGCAAGCGGAUGCCGGGAUGGGAGGGCCCUCAGUCUCCAUGGCGACCUGCAUGACACUCCUCUCAGCCAAAAUCCUGAGAAAUGUUUCUCUCUCUCAACUCAUGCCAUUCUGCCCAGGAAGAAAAAGAAAAACAAACUUUUUUUUCAGAUUAGGUUUGUUUUUUUUUCUUUUCCAUUUUCAGUUUGAAACUUGAUUGGUAUUUGCAUUCACUGAGCUUUGCCUUGAAAUAGGAUAAAUAGGUUUGAGGCUUUUGUUUGUACUUGUUUUCACAUAUUUUAACUUUGUCACAGACCUCACUCAUGUUAAGCACGACUUCAGACUGGUGUAGGCUUAUAUGACCACACAACUCCCUCCCUCAGUCUUUGUUAUGGCCAGAUCUUUCUGUCAGGGAAGGAGGCCAUUUUAACUGUGUGAAUUCCUGCUGUAAGACCUUGAAGUUUUUGGGUGCGCUUUGAGGUUUUCAAUAGCCCUGACACAAUUAGUAGCAGUACCUGAAUCAGACAGUAGAGGGCAGCAUAGCAUACUCACAAGGCGAGGAGGCCUGGGUGUAACUAGAUUGAUCAUCUGUUGUUAUACUUAGCACUUAGCUGCCUGUAGCAAGGACAUGCUAAUAUGCUAACAGUUAGCAUCUAUCUCUCCAGGCUCAUGCAGUGUUAAUGGGGCCAAACAACUAUUGCAGGAAACAGGUUGGAGAAUUAGUGGGGUGUACCUGUGUAAGCAGUAUUCGGGUCAGAAAGUGUUCUUCGGUAUAUACAGGCUUCACCACUUCCUUAUGUGACAUGAUUGAAUAGUUCUCUUCUUUUUUUUAUUUCUGAUGGCGGCAUGCUAUAAUCAUGAUUAUCACUCAGUUGUCUUGAGUUCCAUAUUUUUGCUCUUGUGAUUGUUUUUUCUUUUACUGUUUUAUGACUUACAACCAUAAUGUGCUUUGUCUUUCAUACUCUGGAUUGAGUUUCAGCUUUUCAGCUUUUUGUUGUACUUCUUUUCUGUUCGUUUCUUCUCUGUUCUCUUUUCUAUUUUUUGGGAAUGUUUUGUUUGUGACAGUCUUAUUUCUUUUUUCUCAUGUGUACCAGGUUUGCCUUUUCAAACAACGGGGUGGAAGCAAGGAGACCCAGUAUUCACUGAUUCUAGCUGAGCUCUUGAUCUUAUGUGGGUCACCUUGCAUCAAUGUUAGACAGUAUUUGGGGUGAGAGAGUGAGCAUGUUAGAGAUGAAUCAGUGUGAAAUGGAGGGAGGAAGGGAGGGUAAAAAUAAAAAGGAAAAAGAAGGAGGAGGAAACAGGUUCCUCUUAGCCUUGGUGUGUGUGUACGUACGUGUGUGUGCGUGUGUGUGUGUGCGCGUGUGUGUGUGUGUGUGUGUGUGUGUGUGUGUGCGUGUGUGCGCGUGCUCACAAAGUUCUGCAUGUAUCUGUGAUUGGCUCUUUUUUUGUACACAGGCAUCUCUGCACUAACUGCCUGCUUUCUUAGCUAUAAUGCUGACAUCUCUGGUGGUUUACUGAACAGAAUGUCCACACUAACAAUCAGUGUCUGCCUUACUUCCCCUGCCCUGCUUUGUCAAAAGCUUUAUGUCCUCAUCAGGUGUGUGUGUGUGUUUGUGUGUGCUCACAAAGUUUCCCACCAAGUCUAACUAACUUAUGCUUACUUUACCCCCCCGCACACACACACUAAAUGCUAACUGCCAUCACACAAUGCUGUGUUCUGUUGUCUGCCUUUGUUUAUCUGUUUGUCUGCCUUGUCCAGUUUUGAAAGUCUCACACCAAGCCUUGCACAAAUAAGAAUAGUUUCUCCUCGAGAAGGAUGUGUAACGGGAAUGUGAUGCUAUUCGAAAAUGUGAUGCUAUUGUUGAGUGCAUGUGAGCGGUUUAUUAACGAUGCAGUACUGCAUUCAAAUUUGUAAGUGAUUGAAGUAGCCUGUUCAGCUUGACAAUCUUAACAUUUGGCUUUUGUGAAUCAUUCAAUUCCCUUUUGUUAUCAGAACAUGCACCGUGGUCACAAGCUAAGUCUCGUACCACAAUAGUGCCAUAACUGUGUUUGCUUGAAGUGUGUGUGUGUGUGUGUGUGUGUUUGAGAGAGAGAGAGGAUGCACAGAAGUGAGCCAGCUUAGUUUGCGUGAGGUCGGCUGACCCGGGAGUGCUUGCUAUCCCGUGAAUUCCUGAAUGCAGUGCGUCAGACCUGUGUGUGUGUGUGUGUGAGAGAGAGAGAGACAGACAGAGUGUAUGAGUGUGUGUAAAUAUAGCUUGUUUGAGAGGCUUAGAGUGGGAGAGUCGGAGCAAAAGUUAGAGCGAGGAAAUUGGGUGGCGGGAGUGGGGAGCAGCAACACUAUCAGAACUGCCAUUUGACUGAAACUCAUCACACUUACACACACACACGCACGCACGUGUGACUCAUUUGUCUCGUCGCAUGCCUGGAGUGGGUGGCAGUCCAUCUCAAAGGGACUAAUCAUUCCGCAGGGUUGCCUGUGUACAUGGUGAUGCUUUUCUCGUAAUCGUGUAUGAGAAGGCCAGCGGAGCUCAGAUCACAAGCAUGGCGUUGACUGUAGUUGUGAUGGUGUGAGUUUAGUAGAGAUUGCAGUUUGCAGUGAAGAGCCUGACUCUUGGUUGGUUGGUUAGGAAAAUUGGCUAAUCUUUUUGUCCAUAUCCUCUGUGUCCUUGCGGCAUUUAUCAAAAGCAAGAUUUUAACAUUUGUGGUGAUGGUAAUGGUGAUGGUCCACUUGUAAACUUGUAUAACAUCCACUGAAUAUCACAACUACAACUACACCGACGCCAUGCUUGCGAUACAAAUGCACUGGCCUCUUUGUGACUUGUGAUUUUCUGGUAUGUAUUAAUUUCAUUGCCUUUCCAUGUUAACGUGUCAAAGCCUCCUGUCAGCUAAAGUUGUAUGGAAGUGACUUAUGGGAGCUGUGGUCUUAAAAGUUAUUUUGGAUUUUCACAACCUCCCCCUUCCCCCAAAGCCAAUGUGACUGUGGACUCCCAGUAGCUCCACACUGCCCCCUGCUGACUUAACACGCACCUACACCUCCAAUCACUGAACCCUCUAUGCCCUUCUGAUGCACCUUUCACUCUCUUUCUCUGUCUUUCUGAAUGCACCUCCCCUUUCUCCUCUACCACACCAAGUUGUGUUUAAAGAAAGCUUUAAGUGAUGAACUAAUUAAAAAAUGUUAUCUAUA